UUCAGUUUUGGUGAAAAGCUGCAAACAGAAGUAAAACAAUGUCGUUUGGAGAAUGGUCAGAACCCAAGCCCGUAGAUGGAGAUGUUUCCAUGCUUUGUAAAUGGAUGAAGAACAUCUCAGAGUCAAAUACAAAAAAGAGUUAUAAGGAGUUUGUUGCAGUUUCAUACCGGAAUCAGUCUGUGGCAGGGGAAAACAUACUCGCCAAGGUUUGGGUUGGAGAAAACAAGUACGUCCAUCUGAUGAUCUUCCAAGGUCCUCUGCUAGAGGACACAUUUACGAUCAAGUUUUUGGGAGUGAAGGAUGACUACAAAUGGGAAGAUCCUCUUGAACCCUUUAUUUAACCCCUCUGUCUAAAGUGAAAGCCUUGUUGAGCCUCCUCCAACUGGCUGCUUAAAAAGAAAAUGUGUUUGUGUUCUUGUUAUGAGCAAACUUAUCACAAAAAUUUUCAGUUACAAGGGUUAAGUCAAAUCUUUGUAAGACUCGUGAAUUAUCAAUAAAC